AUCGCGGGGCUUUGUCACCCAUGGGGGCAUCUCGGAGUCUCCUCACAGCCCAGAAUGUUCGCGUUCGGGAGCUUCCCAGAGGUCAUCGAAAGUCCAGGAACUUCUUAUAGGUCGUCGAAUGUGCAGUGGCCCUCCAACACGUGUUCCGCCUCUGCCUGUCUUUUCGUGGGGCCCAGAACGCCUGACUGGAACCGACCGAGCCUGCGGAAGAAUGGCGGUCGCCUGACUGGAGCCCUUGAGAGGAAAGAUCCCCGCGAGUGAAGGAGAGGAGGCCUGAGCUUGCGGGAGUCGUCAGCAGCAGGACUCCGGCCAGGCUGGGGCCUGUGCUCUCCGAGGGACGGAGGAUAAAAGGAAAAAGUGGAGGAUAAAAUGUAGAAAAUAAAGUCAUAUGUUUCCCGGGAAAGCUCUACUUCCAAAAAAGAGGGAGCCAGGAGGGGAUUAUUUUUCCUCGGCCGUCAAUGGUGAAGAGACCCUUGGUGGGUGGAGAGAGGAGGCCCAUGAGCCCGACAGCCGACUCCGGGCUGACUGACCCUGGCUGAGGUCAGAGAGCAGCAGGCGGCGGCUCAGAAGACAGAUGCUAAUCACAGGCAGAAGAGCCUGCGUGGUAAAAAUAUGUGCUCCAAGCGUCUGGUGACUCUGGCCCGGGGACUUGCGCCCGCCUUUCUGCGCUUCGGGGGCAAAAGGACCGAUUUUCUGCAGUUUCAGAACCUGAGGAACCCAGCGAAAAGCCGCGGAGGUCCCGGCCCGGAUUACUAUCUGAAAAACUAUGAGGAUGACAUUGUUCGAAGUGAUGUUGCCUUGGAUAAACAGAAGGGCUGCAAGAUUGCCCAGCAUCCUGAUGUUAUGUUGGAGCUCCAGCGGGAGAAGGCAGCUCAGAUGCAUCUGGUUCUUCUAAAGGAGCAAUUUUCCAAUACUUACAGUAAUCUCAUAUUAACAGCCAGGUCUCUAGAUAAACUUUAUAACUUCGCUGAUUGCUCUGGACUCCACCUGAUAUUUGCUCUAAAUGCACUGCGUCGUAAUCCCAAUAACUCCUGGAACAGUUCUAGUGCCUUGAGUCUGUUGAAGUACAGUGCCAGCAAAAAGUACAACAUUUCUUGGGAACUGGGUAAUGAGCCAAAUAACUAUCGGACCAUGCAUGGCCGGGCAGUAAAUGGCAGCCAGUUGGGAAAGGAUUACAUCCAGCUGAAGAGCCUGUUGCAGCCCAUCCGGAUUUACUCCAGAGCCAGCUUAUAUGGCCCUAACAUUGGGCGGCCCAGGAAGAAUGUCAUCGCCCUUCUAGAUGGAUUCAUGAAGGUGGCAGGAAGCACAGUGGAUGCAGUUACCUGGCAACAUUGCUACAUUGAUGGCCGGGUGGUCAAGGUGAUGGACUUCCUGAAAACUCGCCUGUUAGACACACUCUCUGACCAGAUUAGGAAAAUUCAGAAAGUAGUUAAUACAUACACCCCAGGAAAGAAGAUUUGGCUUGAAGGCGUGGUGACCACCUCAGCUGGAGGCACAAACAAUCUGUCAGAUUCCUAUGCUGCAGGAUUCUUAUGGUUGAACACUCUAGGAAUGCUGGCCAAUCAAGGCAUUGAUGUUGUGAUACGGCACUCAUUUUUUGAUCAUGGAUAUAAUCACCUCGUGGACCAGAAUUUCAACCCAUUACCAGACUACUGGCUCUCUCUCCUUUACAAGCGCCUGAUAGGCCCCAAAGUCUUGGCGGUGCAUGUUGCUGGGCUCCAGCGGAAGCCACGGCCAGGCCGAGUGAUCCGGGACAAACUAAGGAUUUAUGCUCACUGCACAAACCACCACAACCACAACUAUGUUCGAGGGUCCAUUACACUUUUUAUCAUCAACCUGCACCGAUCAAGAAAGAAAAUCAAACUGGCCGGGACUCUCAGGGACAAGCUGGUGCACCAGUAUCUGCUGCAGCCCUAUGGACAGGAGGGCCUGAAGUCCAAGUCAGUGCAGCUGAACGGCCAGCCCUUAGUGAUGGUGGAUGAUGGGACCCUUCCAGAAUUGAAGCCCCGCCCCCUGCGGGCCGGCCGGACAUUGGUCAUCCCUCCAGUCACCAUGGGCUUUUAUGUGGUCAAGAAUGUCAAUGCUUUGGCCUGCCGCUACCGAUAAGCCACCCUCACACUCACAAGGUGCCAGCGUGCCUGCUGGACUGCUGUCCACUCUUCUACCCUAAUUGUAACCUUAUUUUUCAGACAUCUUCUUAGCAACAAAGCAGCCUCUGCUGCCCCCAUCCUGCUGGAAUCGACAUAGAUUUGCUCUCCAAAGAGAUAAAUGUCAAACGUUAGCCUAGGUAGGUCACAUCCACCCCAAAGGAAAAUGUAGACAUGAUCUGUACCUGUAAGGAUGAAGAUAUGUGUGUAGAGCUGUGUAUAUCCUUAUACAUGCACCAUGAAGACAAGCUGACAGUGCACUCCCAGGACAAAGGAAACAACUCCCCAUGAUCCUGGUCACAGCAAUGUAACUACAGAUCUUAGCCUGUGGCUGCUGUCCCCAGUGGAAUAUGAGCGAGGAAAAAACGCGGGGGACGUACGAGAGCUCAAUCUUCUUCUAACUCCACUUCUUUGUCUGCUCCCUGCUAUUGCCCUGGGUUUCCCAUCACCUCUCUUCCCAUAGGGGCGCAAGUGGGUGAGUCAGCACCGGCCUGCUGGGCGAGCUGUUUCUGUAAUUUCCAGGCUGAUGUAUGAGUGUGUGCAUCUGGGUUUCUGACAGUGGCAUCAAUCAAUGGCUAUUCCUCUGGGAAGCGGGUGCUUCAAAAGUAAAAUUGCAAUCAUACUCCAGAUUUUGUAAGAAGGUUCUAUUCCUCUGUAAAUCCAGAUACCCCUGGGGUUGGAAUGGGAGUCAGGUAACAAUAUUCAUUGAGUGGAGAGCAAUGUAUUAGGCACCACAAAAAGCCAUCAUCAUCCGUCAUGUGGCUGUGAGGGAGAGAGUUUUAGUACAAAGAGAAAGCACGUCAAACCGCCAAACACAGACACACACGCACUCACCAACUGAACAAAGCAAAUAAUUAGACCUUCCUCGAAUUUGAGAAGGGUAAGCCCUUACUUGUUUGGUUGACCAAAACCAUUAGGAAAAAAAAGAGGUGUAAACCAAAGGUCAUCACCGUUAAGACGCAACUGAAUCCAGCCUUUCUGCCUCCUCCCAAGUAGCUGUGUGCCUCUCAGUGCAUUUACCAGGCAGAUAUCUAAUCUGGGCAUUAAAGAGGACCAGGUCCAUCCUGGCCCAGACCAGCUUAUCUGAGCACGGAACAAAGCUUUCAGUCAGCCAUUUUGAGGAACGGGGAAUCUGGAGACAGGUCUGACAGGAAAACUAUGGAAUGGUAGGUGGGAAGCUCUCAAGUUGGGCAGGUGGGACGUGGAGUGAUUUAAAGUUCAUGAUGAGGACAUUCUCUGUGAUUCAAGGAGUAUGUGUGGGGCUUUGCAAACAGGCUGCAACUGAACACUACUUUCUUUCUGUGGAUGUGAUUCUUUUUCACAGGAUAAAUGACAUGAAUGACGCUUUUUUUUAAAGGAGGAGAUAUUUGACAAUGUCAUAGGAUUCCAAUUAAGAGAGUGAUACAAUUUCUGCUGCUUUGAAAGGAUAGAAAUGGAGGAGAGGGGUAGGGUUGCUGAGGCCAGAGGCCAAGGAGAUGCCUAAGAUACCCAAGGAGUCAAGGAUUAGGGCCAAGUCUGCAAAGUGGACAGUAAGGUGAGAGACAGAAGGUAAAGGAUUCUCAGCUUGGAGAACCGGGAAUUUGGGAGAGAGAAGCCAACAGGCUCACUGUAUGUGUAAGGAAGAGAGUGGACUCAGUUUUGACAUGCUUGUUAUUAGGUAUAGGAGGAACAGCACAGGAGGUGUAUGCUACUCGAGCAAGAAAGGGUGAGAAUGAGAACCAGGCUGGACCCGGUCACUGGGUGGCUCAACCUGGAAGCAGCUGAGAGGGGAGGAGACCCUGACACUGCCGCUGCAAGGCGACCCAGAGAGGCCUCCUCUUCUCUAGAAGCAGGCACCUCUUGCUGAAGCUUCAGCUCUGAGAGGGGAGGAGAGAAGUGCCAAGACUCGGGGUAGAAAGGAGAGAAAGAAGCAGCAGAGGAAAGUGAGGAAGAGAAAGGAAAAGAGAAAUGAGAGACAAAGAGAUUGUUUCCCCACAUUUUUCCAAAUUUAUGAAGAUAUCAAAAUCUCUUCUAUAUACUGGUGCAGGUACAGCCACAGGGCCACCUCACAAUAACAAGAGUAACCAGAGGUCCCUGUGGACCCAGCCCUGGGCUCAUUUGCUUUACAGACACAGUAGCCCCCUCAGGGUCUGUAGCUUGCCCAGGGUCACCCAGCGGAAUGGGUUGCUGAGCUCGGAAUAAUCCAGAGUCUGUUCAUUUAACCACCAAGCUCAGUGGCUGCCCAAUCACACACUCACUCCCUUCACCUCUCCACAGGUCCUCCAGAGCUCCAUUCAAACAUACUUUCUGUAAAUAAGUGUUGAUUCCUCACUAAGCCUCUAAACUUGCAGGAUAUAGUCAGUUCCUGCUUCUUUUGUCUUUCUCUGUGUAUUAAAUGCUGCUCCUAAGCGGUCUAAGUUUUGUUUUAUUGUUUUUAGUUAAUAAAACGGGAGGAGGGAAUCACUAAAAUUUAUCUUUGGAGUCCUGCAAUUCUCACUUUGCAAUUGUCUCA